AUGCAAUCGCCUCAUUUACGCUUGUCGACGAUCCCUGUUCAGCCAUCGUUUCAUUCGCUUGAUGUCGACAUUCCAGAACCACCACAAACGGAAGCAGGCAAAUGGACGUUUCAUUCACAAAAGGAGUUUCCACCCCCACCACCCUUUGAGAAGCGGUUACGGCGUUAUCCCACAGGUGCAGAAACAGGAUGCUCUAUACCCAUUGACUUGUCACAUCUUUUGGGGCAACGCUAA